CCGAAGGAUAUAUUAUAUUCGAGCGGUAUCCAUUGAUGAGGAAUAAUAAUAUAUCUCUUUUCACACAACAAUAAAACGCACGCGUUUACAACAAACAAUUGGUAUAAUGUACUGUAAUGGGUGCAAUAAAAUAAAAGAAGUCUCCACCUACUGACCACCAAGUCAUUUCUGUCGGUGGGACCGUUCGAAAAUUUCUAAAAUUUUACCUGCCCAGUCACUGGGCACUCAGGUGUGAACGAGACAACACUAAUGUGAGAAACAAAAAUGUGCGUUACUUGUUAAUUGUGUUUUCGUGUAUUGAAUAAUUCUUGGUCCAAUUGUGUUUGUAUCAAGAAAACAAAAAACAAAACAAAACAAAAAAAUGAAUAUUAAUUCGAGAGACAUGACUACUUCCGAAUUACAGAACUUGACUUGGGGAAAAAGGCAUCAAGUGCGAUCAAGAUUGUUGGAUGCUCAACUUUGGUCUGAGUUCUUAGCUAUCAAUAAUGAAAUGAUUGUCACAAAAACGGGAAGGAGAAUGUUUCCGGUGAUUAAAACGCAAGUUACCGGGUUGUGUCCAGGAGAUAUGUACACUGUAUUUUUGGAGUUUGUGCAAGUGGUUGGACAACGAUGGAAGUACAUAAAUAGCGAGUGGUCGCCAACCACCACGUCGGACCCGGCUACAAAGAACCCAUUUUAUAAACACCCGGAAUCACCGAAUUUUGGCAAACAUUGGAUGGAUCAACCGAUUUCAUUUGCUAAAAUCAAACUUACCAACAGACCGGAUAAUCCGGGACAGACUCAUUUAAAUUCAUUACAUCAAUAUGAGACUAAACUUCAUAUAGUCAAAGUUGGAGAUCCGGAUGAUGUACAAAUUUUUGCAAUGCCUCAGACCAGGUUUAUGGCAGUCACAGCUUAUCAAAAUGAAGAGGUGACCAAACUUAAAAUCAAAUAUAAUCCAUUUGCUAAGGCGUUUAAAGACACCAAAGUCAAAGCUGAGGAAAAGGAUAGAAGAGAACACCAAGAUGUUUAUCAGCCAGCACUUGGAUACGAAAGCAGCUUGAAUUUUUCUCACCAAGAGAAUUAUAAUACAACAACAUCUGACGAUUGGUUAUCUCAGUAUGGAGGCCAAAGAGAACAAAUGAACCGAUGUCAAUGUACGGCUUGUUAUUUUGUUAAGCCACAAGUUAAUCAUAAAAAGUGUGUCCCAAUUUAUGGUUCCGGUCAAGACGAUGAACAUUCCACGUAUCAGCCAGCAUCCUACAGUUGGACACAAUUAGGAGGAUAACGUAAAACAUAUACCUAACAUUUAUGUAUUUUUACAGCCUGAUAUGUUGACUGUUUUAAUUUAAUUAUUAUUUGAUUUGGGUUGUAUUUUGUACAAAUUAUGUUAUUAAUCAUUGUUACAGUUGAUGUAUGUGUAUAUUUAUAAUACAUCAUAUAAGAUUUGACGUGGAAUUUUUUUCACUGCUCAUGUUUUUCAAUUUUAAUUGAUAUGAUAUUGAUUUGCCAGAAAAUGUAUCAAAAAAAAAACAAUUUUUGUCUUAAAAACUAAUUUAUUACUAACAUGCACAUUUUUCCUCUGACAGAACUCGUGAGCUAUCCAAUUUAAUGAAUAAAUAACAAUUCAUUUUUAAAUAGAAAUAGUUUAAUACAUUUUUUAAAUUAAUUGCUAUAAUUCAACACAUAGUAAAAAAAUGUAGGAACAUCAUAAUUAAAUUAAUGUACUCUUAGUAUAUUGUUUAGAUAGCAUUCCUCCAUUCUGUUAUAUAUAUAUAUUUAUUUUUAUAAUUUAAUGAAUAAAUAAUAUUAAGCAUUAAUAAUAUAUUAAUGUCUAUAAUUAUUGAAAAAAUAUACUCUACAGUAAAAAAUGUAUACUUCUUGUUUUUUUUGUAAAUGUUGAUAUAUUUUAAUGAUGGUAUAUUUAGGAUUGUGACUAAGGGGAUUUGUAAAAGAGCUUUUAAAAAUGUAAAGGUGGGUGGUAAAUAAUUUAAUGUUAACUAUUUUACUAAGACUAGAGAGAUCAAAUUUAAUAUAUUAAUACAAUAUCUAAUAUUGUAAUAAUAUACAUUUAUAAUAAUAGCAUAAUUAAUUUUAUUUAAAAGUUUAACGAAAAAAGAAAUUUGAAUAUGUCAUAAUUUAUAACAGUGGGUUUGAAUAGUCAUUGGACUAUUUAAAAAAUGUUAUUUUAAAAUCAAUUAUAAAACUUAUAAGUACCUAUGUUUGUUAUAUUUAAUAUUAAAUAUGUAUGUAUUAAAAAUUUCAUAGAUGGCCAUGUAAUAAUAUUUGAAUGAUGAUUAAUUUAGUUGUAUAAAUUUGGCUAUCUAUUAUUACACUGACAAAGUGCAUCAGCCAUUGUAAAUAAUGCCGAGUUGAUUUUAUUUUCUUCAUUUAUGGUUUGAUUUUGAUAUACAACAAGCAAUUUUAUUAUUAUUUGGUCACUCUUAAUAUUGUCUUAUUACCAUCAUUGGUAAUAAGUAAUAACAUAUUAAUUGUACCCAAAUCACAUGUUAUGACAAUAUUAAUGGUAUAUCUUUUUUUUUAUAUUAAGCUAAUAACGUUAGAACUUAAUACUUUAAUACAAUUUAAAAAAAAUAAACAUGAAAAGUUUUAUUUAAAAAGUUAUAAUAAUAAAAUCAAUGGUACAUAAUAUUAAGUAAUAAUUAGAUUAAGAAUUGAUAUUCUUGAUUAAAAAAAUCUAUUUAUUUUAUAAGAAUCUUAAUAUUAUUGAUUACUUUUAAUCCUGAAUCCUGAUAAGCCUUAAACUCACUUCCAGCAAUCAAUCAUAAUCUACAAGUGGCCUGAAAAAAUAAAAAAUACUUAUAAAUACAAUUUA